AAAUGCUUCACCAGAGUUUGGGUCCCACUUAGAUGAAUUGAAGUUCAGUUCACCAUGAAGUCGUUUAUCGUUCUAUUCGCGGCUGUCGCCGCCGUCCACGGCAACUCCCUGAUCUGCCGCAACUACCGCAACGGAGCCCUCCUUCCCAACCCGGAGAACUGCGCCCAGUUCUUCAUGUGUCGCCCAGGUCGUGCCGUCAAGUUCACCUGCCCCGAGUACACCCGGUUCAACCCGGUCCUGCAGGCCUGCGACCCGACGGACUCGGUCCGCUGCAAGCCCGGCAAGCUCCCCGUAGACCUCGAGUACACCCCGAUCGACGCGAUGCCCUCGAAGAUCCUGCACACCAACACGGCCUGCAUCAACCGUCCGGUGGCCACGCUGCUCGCAAAACCCUCGGACUGCAGCAGCUUCUACCAGUGCUCGCCGAACGGCGUGAUCGAGUUCCAGUGCCCGGCCGGAACCCUGUUCGACACCAACCGCAAAUUCUGCGAACGCAACGACGUCGCUUCGUGCGGAGCUUCCGUCAACCCGGCACCGAUCUUCCCGGGACCGAUCCCGAUCGUUCCGCCGGUGAACCCCAGCCCGCUUCCACCGCCGGUCACCAACGAAGAUCCGGCCCUGGCCCGCUGCCAAGGUCAACGCGAGGGAGCCAAGCUGCGCCACCCGAGCAGCUGCACCCAGUACAUCCUGUGCAGCUCCCAGGGCCGCUCGCAGGUGUUCAGCUGUCCGGCCGGAACGGCCUACGACGAGAAGCGCAUGGUUUGCGAUUGGGCCUCCUCGGUCAAGUGCGUCCGAAGCGAGUAGAUUGCUUGAUGCUUGGAAUAAAGAGUGUGUUUAAAGAAGAUCAAUUCACAAAGAAAAUGCAAUUUAAAUGCGAAUCAAUUAAAUUUCAUUGCAAAAACAAUCAUGGAAUAUCCACAAACAA